GAUCAUCGAUUCGAUCGCGCUGCUCAAGGUUCUUGCUAAACUCGAUCACCUACAGCGAUGAUAUCACGAUCGUCAUGGUCCUUGUCGGAGUCGAGGAAUCAUCUGUGAGUAGAGACAUAUAAAUAUGUGGUCAAACAGCCCCCAUCGUCCAGCGAGCCACAGCGCAAUACAAAACAUCAGCAGAAAGAUAUCGACCGAAACAGACUCCUCGUUUCCAAACCCCAAGUCACGGACAAAGCUUGCAAAGCAUCCAACAUGUUGUCUACCAGCAUCCUCAGCCUUCUUCUUGGCGUGGCCGGUGUCGCCAUGGCUCUCCCGACCUCUGACGCUUCACUGGUGAAGCGAGCAGGUCCCUGUAGAGACCCCGGCGAGUACACUUGCGCUGUCAUCACGGCAGCGAGUGCUUCAUCUCUCGGCAUCAUGGGUACCACGGUCAGUGGUGGCGGUGUUUCGAUUGUUGGUGGAAGCUGCCAAAACAUCCUCUAUUCCGGGCAACUGCAGGACGACAGCCCAGGUUUUUCGGCCCAAUUCGUCACCACCUAUGGGCCUACCUUGUACUAUGGCGCCAAUUUCAUCGGGUUGAGCGACAUUGAAGGCAUCUCGUUCCAGUAUGAUGGGCACAGCUACACGCAGGCCAACGACUGCUUUUCGUACAAUAACGACCAUUUUCCUUACGAAGAAUCGGUCGUGCAGUGCAACUUCCCUUGCUAAGCGCGUCAAGCAGAGCAGGCAGCAAGCACUGG